AUGAAUUGGUGUGCAACACCUUUCGAACAUUUGUACUCAUCAAUUAAUAAUGGCCAAAUAAAUAUACCACUGUUUAAAAAUCUAAUUGGAGAUUUAGAGAAUUUAAAUCUAAAUUUGGAUAAAAUUAAGAACCAAACUAGUAGGUGUCAACUGGAGAAAGGUGAAGUUACUGUAGGUGAUGGCACAAAGUAUAAAAUAACUCAAGAGGUAAUCAUAGCUGCUGUGACAUUAUCUGAUGAAUUAAAUGUUGACGAAUUAGUGAUUGCAGAAUUAAUCCUCUCUGGAAUUUUAAUUAACGAGAAUGAAAAUAACUUAAGCAACCAGGAUCAACUAACUUUAAUUAAUGCUGGUAAAGUCCAAUAUUUUUUAAGAAGACAAUAUAUCUUACAGAUAGUAUCAUAUAUUAUUAAUUGUCUUAAUUCCGGUGAUGAUUUAUAUACUUUAUUAUUAUCAAGUGGGAAACUGAUUUCAAAUUUACAAAACUCAUUCGGUACAAUUCAUAAAGAAUUACAAGAUAUAAAACAAUCUGUCAGUAAAGCACAAUUGCUAGAAAAUUAUUUUGAUAGUUUUAAACAAAAUAUUAAGUUCAAACGUGAUUUUCUUUUAAUGGAAUACGAUAUUCUAUCACAAAUUCAGUUCGGUUUAGUUAAACAGAAAGCAAUCCUAAAGAGAGACUAUAUCCUAAAAAUUUUGAAUCAAAUCACUGAACUUGAUGCUAACGAUUUUUUUAUUACAUAUCAUUUACCUUCAUUAUUUUGUUCCUUCCAAAAUCUAAAUAGCUUGGAUGAUAAUGAUGUUAGAUCCUUGCACACAGAAUUUAUCAACGCAUUAAAAAAUGAAGAUGUAAUUUAUAAACAGCCCUCCAAAGUUUGUGCAAUUUUUGUAUUUUUAGCGUAUUUUAUUGGCUGGUGUAAAGAUAAACCGGAUACAAGAGCCAAUUCCAUUGAUUUUAAAACAGCUGUAGAUGACCCAAUGUCAACUGCUGUUGAGCUUGGUGCUAUUGAACAAUUAAUGAUUUUUACAGCAGAUACUUCUAUCACAGCAAAGGAUCAAAGCUUAGUGUUGUUUUAUGAUAUUAGGUCACUAUUAGAAAAACAUAUUCCUAGGUUAAUUCCAAAGCAAUUACAAAAUAACUCAACAAACAUGACAACCUCAACCGUAUCACCAAUCUACGCAACACAGGUUGAGGAACAAAACCCAUACGAACAUAUAGAAUUUUCAAAUGAAACAAAUGAAAUGUUCCUGUACACAUUUGAUAAUGCCAUUCAAACGAUUAUUGCAGACUGUGCAUUUCUAUUAACCAAAUUGAAGGACUCUGAAGAAGAUUCAUUAUUAUCAGGUGAAGAUUUUGAUCUAAAUGAUAUUGCUAUUAAGGCAGAUUUAGAGAGAUUUUUUUUGGUAAUUUAUUUUUUCUAUUCAUCAAGGCCUGAAUAUUCAAGAAAAUUUUGGUUAGAUAAAGAAUCUAAUGCCUAUGGAUUUAUUGAAUGGGCUGCCAAAUGUGGCGAUACCUUAAUGCGAGCAUGCUUUUAUUUGAUGAUUUCUAGUUUGUCAUUUGGUGAGGAGAAUUCUUUAAAUGUUUAUCAUUAUUUCUGUGGUGGCAAUACAGUAUCUUGGAAUAUCAUAUCUCAAUGUUUCAAUGAGUAUAUUAUAAGAAUUAACAAUUUAAACACAGAGAUUUUACAAAGACAACAAUUCCAAGACUCCAAUGACAUUAAUACAGCAGCCAUUGCAUUAGAUGAAGGAUUAAAUGAAGAAACAAUAAUAUUUUUAUCCUCAUUAUUAACCCUAAUUAGUAGUGUUGCAUUUGAUUUAUCUGAAGAAAAUAUGAAGACACUGUCUUCAAUAUUUAUUAGCGUAUUAUUUGAAUUUUGUAAAAUUGAAACACCUUUGAUUGGUGCAGCAUUAAAGACAUUAAGCUCAUUAGUUCCAAACCUAGAAUCUGAACGAACUGUGAUGUGGAAUUCGUUAGAUAGGCUAAUAUUUAAGAACAAUUCAUUUUCCUCAAGAGAUUCUUAUAAACAAAUAUUCUCAAAAAGUUUUACAAAUUUUUCAGAAGUUUCUGGAUUCCUCAAGUUAUUCUAUAACUUAAUUAAAAUCGAAACAAAAGAUUCAAAUAGUAAAUAUUUAACUUUUGGUAAGUUGACAUUCCCUCCAAAACUGGGUAUAAAUUAUAGAAAGGCCGGAAUAUGGCCAUAUUUUGAUUAUAUAUUCAACGAAUUGUUGAUAAAUUCGAGCCAUAUCAAAAACGCAACUAAUAAUUAUCAAUUACGCUCAUUAAUACUUCAAAUAAUUGAAACUUCGUUAAACUCAUUUGAUUAUUCUGUUCCUCUAAAUUCUAUUACUGUUAACGCAAAUAUAAAUUCAUUAGUUGAAACACAUGACUUUUUUACUUAUGUUCAAGAAACUCCAGCAGCUAUUACUUUCAAUUAUUUAUUCACCGAAGAAAUUUAUAACUCUAUCUUUAGUAUUAUGACCGUUGGUGUUGAUGAGUUAGGAACAGAACUAAAUGGCGGAAUUGAAAAACUAUCAUUGCUAAGAUCCUCCCUAAGGAUUAUCUCUAGUGUUUUAGAUCACCAAAGCGCAUAUAUCGAAGAAAUUGUGCCUAUAUCGGCUAAAAACUCGAAACCAGAAUACUAUACUCCUAAGUACUUUGGACUCCAUGGCCUUCGUUCAUUUUAUGAUGCAAUUUUUUUUAAUUUACCUGUUGUUGCACAUCUUGGUCUGUAUAUUGGCAUGGAUGAUAUUGCAGUAGCAUCUGAAGCUCUACAAGUGUUGAAAAAAAUAUCCUAUCAUGAAUAUUCUACAUUUUCUCAAGAGUCUGGAAAGAAAAAGCUUCUUACAAUAUUUGAUUCUGUCGAUGAAUCUGUUAGGAUAAAAGAUGCAUUCAUUGCUCAGCUACAAAAUCCAAUUGAGGAUGACGCUUGUCUAUCUUUGAAGUUCGAAAUCUUAGAUUUUAUUAAUACCAAUCUAAACUAUUCAGAUCCUCAAAUAACUAUAGCUCACUUUUUAUUAGGAUUUGAAAUUACAAACGGCAUUUCAUUAGGUCCUAAUUUAAACACGUUCAUAACCUCUGGAUCGUCACUACUAAACUGCUUGAAAUUUAUACUACGAGAAUCAUUAACUGCUCUUUCCUCAGAUUAUAUUGCUUAUGCUCCAAUAAGGUUAGCAGCUGAUUCAUUGGAAAUUAUUUUAAAAUUAUGCCGCAACCAUUCUACUACCCAUAUUAUUUUAGAAUACUUAGAAGAUAGAGAAUUAUUCAAUUCUUUACUAGAUACUGAUAUUACAAUGAAUAAAAAUACUCUCUGGUCAAACCAUCAAUUUGAUAUUACUCAUUUAGAAUCAUACCAAAAAUUUAUUCAAACUGAGGCAAUGGGUGCAUUAAUGUCAUUCUUAAGAUACCGUAGCUAUUUGCUACAAUUUGUGAGUCUCUCUUUGUUCAAAUUAUCUAAUAUUGGUAGUACAAUUAAGAUUAAGAAAUAUAUUGAAAAAUUAGCAUCUAAUAAGAUGUACUCUGCCAAAAUAUUUGGAUUUCUAGAUAUCUUAAACUAUAAUUUAAGAAGUUUAAAUGAUUCUUCCGAUACUGCUGAUUUAACUAUAUUUAAAGAUUUAUCCAUAAACUUGAACAAAGUUGAUAAAAAUUUCUCAGUAAGUGGUAAUAUUUAUAAUUUCGAAGAGAUAGAUUUAUUAUUAAAUUUAGCCAGUAGAGUUUACUUACAAAACAAUUGCAAAAGUAUGAUUCUCACUACAAAUGAGAAAAAGGUUCUUAAAUCUAAAACUGAAUUCGAAAUGGUGAAGAUAAAGGAAAACCUUACUCUCUUAUUAAGCACUAAUACUUUUCAUGAUUUACAACUAUCAACGUUACAUGCAUGGGCACAAUUAGUUCAAAUAAUUGUUUCAAACGAUGGCUUAGUACCUUUGGCUAGGUCAAGCUUCAUCCUAGAAAUAUUUGGAACCAUAGUGCCAAUGAUCAAUGACUACGUUGAACUAAAUGUAUCCUUUUCGGAAGAAUUUGUCUCUUUGACAGUCUUUCUAUAUGAUAUUUAUCAAAAAGAUAGAGUUAUGAUUGAUGGCCAUCAAAAACUCGAUUCAAGACUUUAUACUCUAUUCAAAGCUUGCAUUUCUGGUAUAAAAUCUACUACAACCACAUUUACAUUAAGAUCUGAUUUCUACAUAUUAGCCAACAAAUAUUUGGUAAGAGUAUUAAUGGAUGAAAGUUUAGGUAAACGUGUAUUACAAGAUUUAAGAUUAGAUAGUGAAAAAUUGGUGGAUAUAAUAUGCAAUGAUGCAAUAUUUGGGGAAGGUAUAAAUAGAAUAACCAGCAUUUUCGUAUUAAAUUCCUUAUACAGAUUAGCAAAUUUUAAUAAGGAAAACUUUAUCCUAGAAUCAAUUACUAAAAACAAUAAAUUAUUAUUGUUGAUUAGAUCUUUGAAAAAUAUAGAUAUUCUACUGUCAUCUACUAAUAACGUAACAAUUGAUGAGUUGUUAUAUGAACAAACUGCGUUUAAAUCCAUUUUAUCAUUCUUAAUUCGUGUGGCUCAAAACAAAAUUGGCUCUCAAUUGCUUUUACAAAAUCAAAUAUUACAAAUAAUUUCUGAAUUAAACUUUUUAAAAAUUGAUCCUGACUUGGGCUUAGAAUUAAUAUUCGACGAAUUUAAUACAUUUAAAGAAGGGGAUAAAGUGGUUAAACUAAAUUUGAAUCUUGACAAUCCAAUAUCUAUCGGUCAAGGUUCUGAUAAUAACGGAAUUUCAAUAUUUGAAUUUUUAGUUCCAUGUUUUCAAUUAAUAACUGCAAUUUUAAUCAGUACAGGAAGUGAAAAUAAAGUCGUUAUAAGAAAUGUAAAGAAGUUGCUAAGCACCUAUAGAAAACUUUGCGUAGGUAUCUUAAAAAGAGAUGCACUAAGAAAGAGACAAGAUUCAUUAAAUAUCACUUCUAAUGAAUCAACUUCUAAAAAUGAUAAUAAACUAGAAAUAUCUGCAACAAAAGGUGGCCUAGAUGAAAUGGUUGACUUAAUAGUAUUACUUUGUAUACUAACGAGAUAUCAAGGUGAAGAACGAUUACCUACCUAUUAA